AAAAAAAAAAAGAAAAGAAAAAAAGCCGAUUUGAAAAAAGGCUGACUAUGAAUGAAUGGAAAACGCCACUGCCGUGCUGGAUGGCUGAAAAAAAGCGAGGGAUUUUAGGAGGAAGGCACAAGAUCGAGCGACGAGGUGGCUUUGAACAAGCCCCGUUUGGAAGCGGGAGUCGCAGGCUGAGUUUAACAAGUCAGAGUGAGGAAAAAACUCGUUGAUUUUGCGUGAGCGUGCGCGAGGACAGGAUAUCCCAUUGAAAGUCGGUGGCGGCGGCGCGGACCUUCCAAUACACGCAUCAACAGGUUAUCCCAGUGGAGAGCGUUUAGCUGUCCGAGUGUUUGUAGUACAGCUUUUACCUGUGGACAUUUUUUUCAGGUAAACUAAGAGCGGGCUGUAGAGUAGACGAUCGCAUUUUCUAUUUUAUUUUAUCGACGUAUCAUCUUGCAAAAUUGGAACAAAGAUCACUGAAAAGUAUGUUUUGCGUAAUAAAAUUCGGCGCUUGAAAAAUGACGACGCUGCAAGAUACUCAACUGCUGUGACAACAACUGACAUAUGAACAAGGCGCACAGAAACUGGAGCAGCAAACCAUAGUUAAUUAAAAAUAUAUAUUAUGCAUGAAAAAUGAACGGAAAACAUUGUAGAAUGAACUGAAGUACAACAUUGCGACUCGUUAUUGGGAAACAAAACUAUAGGCACCGAACCAGGGUGAAGGUAGCCUGCAGUUCCAAACCAAAACACCUAAUUAUCAGUACUGAUGCUGCUGUAGUUUCUGACCCAGAUGAGCUGGCGACAAGCGAUUUCAUGUAUUGCCCGCAACGAAAGAAAGGUCGUAUAAACCGCUAAAUGCAUAGAUGGUUCCGAACAAGUGGACUAUGAACUCGGUUCUGCACAGAUACGGCUCGCCGCCGAGGAGCUGGCUCGGGCUCCGUUUGCGACUGAACGAGAGGUUCGCGCAGGAGGAGAAGAGCGCGCUGUGCCAGCACCCGGACUGCCCCGACCACCGCCGCGCCGCCAAGGUGUGUCAUCACCCAGACUGCCAGGACCUGAACAACCAGAGCCCACUCAACCUGUGCGAGUCAUGUGACUCCCGGCGCCACCCAGAGGAGUCGGACAGCAUGCACUUUGACCGACACCCUCGCUUUGACCUGCAGCCACAAGGUUCAAUCCUGGCUCGGAACGUGUCCACGCGGUCGUGCCCCCCACGCACCUGCCCCCCCUCUGACCUGGAGGAGGAAGAGGAUGGGGGCAGUGACCGAGGCAGGGAUCGCAAAAAGGGGGGAAUGAAACUGAAGAAGAAACCCAGGAGGCGGAACACGGACGAUCCAAGCAAGGAGUGCUUCUCCCUGAAGUUCGAUCUCAGCGUGGACAUCGACACAGAGAUAGUCCCUGCCAUGAAGAAGAAGACUUUGAGGGAGGUGCUCGGACCAGUGUUUGAACGGAAGGGGAUCGAGCUGUCCCGGGUCAACCUGUUUCUGGCCCAGUCCAACACCCCGCUCUCCCUCAACUUCGAAGCCUACCGAUUCGGGGGCCAUUACCUGAAAGUGAGAGCGAGGCCGGGGGAGGAGCUGAAGGUGGAGCAGGGGGUGAAGGACCAGCGCUCCCUCAGUCUGCCCAUCAUGAAGCCGGGGGGCAGCCCGAGCCCCUGCAUCCUCACCCCCGGGAGCGAGAGGGUGGAGCACGGGUCCCUGGACCGGCGGGAGAGCGCCGACCUGCUGGGUCAAGCACGUCGUCGCAAGAACAUGACGGAGUUCCUGGGGGACUCGAGCAUCCCGUCCCCGGACUCCCUGGCGCAGCUGGGGGGGUCCCUCUCCGGCGGGGGGGGCGGGCCGGACAGCUGGAAGAACCGAGCCGCCAGCCGGUUCAGCGGCUUCUUCAGCUCCGGGGCCGCCACGGGGCCCUUCGGCAAGGAGGUGGACCGUGUUGAGCAGCUCCACAGUAAGCUGCACUCCUACACCCUUUUGGGUCUGCCCAAGGUCCCCCCCCAGCUGUCCUUCCACCACGACUCCUGGGAGGAGGAGGAGACCAACCUGGAGCUGGAGGAGAGCUGGCAGUGCCUGCUGGAGAACCCGGAGUCGCUGACCAGGCGGCAGUUCCACCAGCAGGAGGCGAUCUGGGAGCUGCUGCAGACGGAGGCCACCUACAUCAAGAGGCUGCGCGUCAUCACCGAUCUGUUCCUGUGCGGGCUGCUGAACCUGCAGGACAGCGGGCUGCUGACGGAGGUGGAGCCGUCGCGCCUCUUCAGCAACAUCCAGGAAGUGGUGCGGCUGCACACGGCGCUGUGGGCCCAGGUCAUGCUGCCCGCGCUGGAGAAGGCCCGGGAGAGCCGCGCCCUGCUCGACCCCGCCCACCUGCACGAGGGCUUCCAGACUAUUGGCUCCAGGUUCCAGCCCUACAUCCAUUACUGCAUGGAGGAGGAGAGCUGCCUGGAGUACACCAGGAACCUGCUGAAGGAGAACGAGCUCUUCAGGAUCUAUGUGACGUGGGCGGAGACUCACAAGCAGUGCAACCGGCUGAAGCUGACGGACAUGCUGGCCAAGCCCCACCAGCGGCUCACCAAGUACCCGCUGCUGCUGAAGAGCGUGCUGAAGAAGACCGACGAGCCGGCCACCCGCGAGGCCGUCAGCGGCAUGGUGGGCCUGGUGGAGGGCUUCAUCAACAGCGUCAACUCCCAGAUGCGCCAGCGGCAGGAGCGGCAGAAGCUGGCCGCCACCUCCAGCCGCAUCGAGUCCUACGAGGCCGUGGAGGGGGGCAGCGAGGAGGUGGAGAAGAUCCUGCGCGAGUUCAGCCGCAUCGACCUGACCGCCCCCAUGAUGGGCAUCACCCCCGAGGAGACGCGGGAGCUCCACCUGGAGGGGGCGCUGCGCAUGAAAGAGGGCAAGGAGAGCAGGAUGGACGUGUACUGCUUCCUGUUCACCGACCUCCUGCUGAUCACCAAGUCGGUGAAGCGCGUGGAGAAGGUCAAGGUGAUCCGCCAGCCCCUGCUCAUCAACAACGUGGUGUGCAGAGAGCUGAAAGACCCUGGCUCCUUCCUACUCAUCUACCUCAAUGAGUUCCACAGCGCGGUGGCGGCCUACUCCUUUCAGGCCAACAGCGCCACCCAGGGGCGCAACUGGAUAGACGCCAUCUACAACGUCCAGAAUCGGCUUCAGAAGCUUCGCUCGGAGGAGCACGUCCGGCGGCAGGUGACCCCCCUGCAGCCGACGGUGGGGGAGGGGGACGAGAGCAGCAACUCCGCCGCCAGCUCCCCCUGUCUGCCGCACAAGGAACAGCAGAGCGGAAGCCAAUCGGACGGCUCGACCGAGACCCUGUCGGUGGCCGUGUUGGAGGAGACCAACGGGUCCGAGGAUUCGUCGUCCUUCCGCACGGAUCUGGGGGAGUCGUUUGGGGAGGGCUCCCUCUCAGAGGCGGAGACACCCUCCCGUCACUCGACGGCGCUGCACCCUAACCCCAAAAGCCUCCGUCACCUCUUCUGCACGGAGGUGGAGGUGAAGGCCGACAUGGACCCCCAGUGCCGCUCGCUGUCCAUGGACAGCGCCUACGGGACGCUGUCCCCCGAAUCACUGCUGAGAGAGCUGCACCUGAGGGCGAGGCCCGGUCACAGCGAGGGGGAGGAGACUGAGGGCGAGGAGGCGGAGCCUGGGGAGGAAGAGGAGGAGGAGGACCUGUCCUCCAGCGGCUCCCAGCGCUCGGUGGACAGCUCCCUCCGGCUGCGGCGACGCCCCCCGGUGCAGCCCCGCCCCCACUGCCUGCAGGUGUUCGCGAACCGGUCGCGGUCCGAGGACAACCUGCUGCAGCGGCUCUGCCAGCACGCCCUCCCGGGGGCACCGGGGGGCGCCGCGGAGACGUCGGUCCAGGGGAGCAGGUCCCUGCCCCACCUCUGCAAGCGGGACCCCCGGAGCGCCGAGCUGCCCCGCGAGGCGGACGAGGGCCGGCCCGACACCGGGGGGGACCGCCUGACCCAAAGCGCGCCCGAGGGGGAGCUGAGCGACAUCCUGAGACGGGCCGAGGCCCACGGCAGCCGCAGCUGCCCCUGCAGCCGGGCCAGCAGCAGCGGGUCGGACUGUGAGACGGCGCCCCCCGCAGCGCCGGAGGGGAACUGCAACUGCAGCUGCAGCUUGGGCGACAGCGGUGAGGAGCAGGACUGCAGAGAGCCCGGGGCAGGCAGGAAGUGCAAGAGCAAGGCCCAUGGCCCCGCCCAGCAGCACAAGAAGCUGACCCUGGCCCAGCUGUACAAGAUACGCACCACCCUGGUGCUCAACUCCACACUCACAGCAUCGGAAGUGUAGUCAGACUGGGGAACGGUGCCAGAUGCCGUGGCCAAGCCUCCGGACGGAACUGCAAGAUGGAGCUCUCGCACUCCGAGGGACUGAAUUCCCCGUGACACCGAUGCGCUCUUGAGUGUGAACGUCCGCGACUCCCCCCCUUCCCUUUAGAGACUGCGCACGUAGACCUUUUCUCAUAGCCUCACGAUUACAGUGAUGAUAAUGGUGAUAAUUAUUAUUGCUUGGUUGCGUUGAUUUUUAUGUUUGCUAGGGAAGGGAGGUGCCGGCGGGGAGGGGGGAGUUGAAUUGUUUGCACUUUGUAGCAGCGGGGGGGGGGUGUGAAUUCGGACACUGAAGGAGACCGGAAGGGGCCCCAGGACAGUACCCGUAAGCCCCAAAGAGAUUGGGCAGGCGUGUGGGAGAGAAGGACCGCCCACCUCCAACGCUGACGAGAGCGGGACCCCUGUAGGACACCCCUGCUGCCUGUGGGGGGAAAUUGGGGGCGGCAGGGGGGGGGGAGGGGCCUGACGCAUAGACACGCAUGGUGUGGGGGAAAAAAAAAAGAACAACAGCGACUUCAAAAAAAAAAAAAGUCACGAACCUGUAGCACCUUGGAUUCAUAUUUGUUUUGUUUUUUUUGUUUUGUUUUUUUUACUUUUCCUCGUCAUUUCAAAGAAAGAACACAACGAUGCGUGUGGAGGGCAUUCAGAGAAGAACUUACUAUGUAAGAGUGCACUCCAUAACUCUGUGUGUGUGUGUGUGUGUGUGUGAACGUGCGUGUGUGUGUGUGUGAGAGAGAGAGAGAGAGAGAGAAACAAAGGACGCAAACAAUUAGUCUGAGCACUCAAAUUCUGACCGAACCAAAGAAACCCGGUUAUCUUUGGAAUAUGCCACCAAAACUGCCGCAGUGCCCCCAAAGACCUGCAGGAAUUACCCAUAACUAUCAAAGAGGAGGAGCAGCGCAGUCAAGCGUGAUGUGAUUUAGGAUCCGAGUGCGUUAUGUGGUGCAGUUCUGCUCAACCAGAUCUGUCUCGUUUUUUUAAAUUAUUAUUAUGGGCAAGGCCCCAUGCCAGAUGUUCUCAGUAACUGAUUGAUUUGAACCAAUCAAAAGGCCUUUAGAAUUGAAUCAGAACACUUUGAUUGGUUCAAAAGGUUGCCAUGGAUUACACCAUUUGGCUCCACCCACUAAGUGUACCUUAGACGUCAGCCACACAGAAAAACGACGUGGCUGAAACUGAAAAAAGUUUUCCAGUGACAUUUGGUUGUUGGCUGUAUGCGGUGCAUGUGAGAGCUAGCCUGGUUUUAUAUGAGAGGUGUGGCAUACCAGGAACUCUGCAGUUAUCUGAAACCAUAUAUCAGUGGGUGAAAGGGGUGAGGUGAAGUUGUGGACUUGCAGGAAGCUAACCGCAAAUGGGACAGGCCAACUCCAGCCUGUUGGAAAAUGUAGUCAGGUCAAAGGGAACAUAAGAGCACAGAAUGCAUUACACAGACUGACGUGCGUUUAAAAAAAAUUGUGUUUGCAGAAAGUUGUCCUAAUGUUUGGCUUGGGUUUGUGACUAACGUGAGCUUAGUUGUACGCAGAGGGAUUUUAAGGAAGUUGAUAUUGGAGGUGAGAACAUUUUGACCUUGAACAUUUCUUGGGUUUUUUUUUUUUUUUUGUUUUUGGUUUUUUUUUCUCAACACUUUCCAGAAUGGUUCUGUCAGUAAUAGUAUUGCGGCCAGAUUUCCUGCUAAUGUUUGUUUGAAUUACUGGGACUGUGGUGAACACUAGCCAGCGAAGACAAUGCAGUUAAGGAGGCUGAACUCCUAAGAGGCUAAGAAUGACACUACUUGAGUUAAGCGGAGGUCUUGCUGCCUCCUUGUGGUUCAUUUAGGAAUAGCGUGAUUGGAAAACCACAGAAAUGACCUAGAGUUUACAUUAAGGGGUGAUUUAAUCCUACUAUGAUGCCCUAUGGCCUUUCAACUUUCAAAAAAUAAGAUUGAGGCAUUGUUUUUUUUUUAUUAUGUACUUUUUAAAAAAUUUAACGUUUAACAAAUGUGCUGUGUAAUUUACAGUUAAUGGUGCCUCUGAGUUUAAUGUUAAGGCCGAACGUUUUCGUAGUCGGAGCGAAUUGUCUCUGAAAUAUGUUUUCCUUUGAUAGCUAAUGGCCAAGGCAGUGGUGUGUGUCCCACAAUUCCUGUUUGGACAAGUUUAAUUACACCUAGGGGAUAUACUGAAAGGAUCAUUUAACUUCCAAUUUUAACGUUGCCCAAAGCUAAUAGAUUCAACCCUGUUUUUCUGUCAUUUUUUGUAUGUCAUAUUUAUUAAUCUUGUUUUGUUUUAUAUAAAGUAUAUGGUUUAUGUUAUUUGGAUGCAUACUUGUGACAUCUCCUUAGUAUGUCCGUUGUUUGUGUUAGCAUUGUUUCAGCCUAACAUCUUUAUUUUGUUUACGUGUCUAAUGAUAAACUCAAAUCUGCUUUGAAAACAAGAUUCUCUUUGUGCCUCAAAGGGAGUGUCUUGGUCUUAAAUCAACAGAAACUUCCAUUAUUUGUGUAAAGUGUUUUUGUAACGUUCUGUACAUUAAUGUACUUUAGCAUUGUUAACAAUGCAUUGUUUCAUGUAAAAAAAAUUGUUUUGAAGUGUCUAGUUGGCUAAACUACGUUGAUUCCAUUGAUUUGUUCUGUUAUAGUGCCUCCUCAGUGAUUGCCAAAAAAAAUGUAUGUUUGUAAAACAAAGAUAUAAAUCAAGUCAUGAUAAAAUCCGCACCUUGAAAAGGUCCAAAGACUCUCCGAUAAAAUGAUUAGAAAAUAGGGGAAAUAGGCUACGAUCAAGAAAACAAAAGUUUGAUACCUUUGGCUGUUCGAAUCCAUGUCUUCUUUCCUCUCAGUAUUUUUAUUGAUUUCAAUUGAAUGGAUGGCAAAAUGCCAACAUGGCACUGCGUGUUAUCAGUGCAAACCCAAUAACAGCCCAUUAAAACCAUUAUUGAUCAGG